CAGCCAUACUAAGGAGAGCUUAAGUUUGACCAGGGCUAAGCCCCGGGUGUAUACAAUGUCUGGCUCCGCCUCUGCCUGCAACUCCAAACAGAGGGGGGAGCUGGAAGAGUUGCACGUUUUUCUGCCCUAUAAACUUGUCGCACCCCGGGAUGAAGGUGCCACCCUGCCGUGUCGCUCCGUUACAGUCGGUCAGGCAGUAAAAUCUGUGCGCUGGAGGAGAGACGGAGAGCUGGUGCUGGAGCUGAAUCCUCGGUCUAAGCAAAUCACCUACGGGGACGGCUAUAAUGAAAGCCGAGUGUCCAUACCAUCGGACUGGUACCAGCGAGGAGACCUGUCCCUCACCGUGAAGCGAGCUCAGCUCCGAGACGACGGAGUGUAUUACUGUUACGUGGAGAACACAGAGAAACACCGCUCUGCUGUCCACCUGCACGUCUCCACACCAUCACCACCACCACCGGGCAGCACCUCACAGCCUACAACCACACCGACGGUAAGAAUUUAA